AUGGGAGCGGUCGAAGAUGCCAUCGACGCGGCUGCAGACUUUGUUGGGCCGUUGAUAGACCGAAAAGGACACAAGCUCGAGGCCGGAAACACAUUCGAGGCCAAAACCCUUGUACCGCAAGCGCUUUCGCAUCUCCACGCCAUCAACGCCGCUGACCUAGCGGCGGACCCAGAUGCUCCGUACGAUGCAUCUCUUGCCGGGAUAGUCUACGGUCUGCUAGAUGUCAUCAUACUGUUUGGCGUCUUGCCUCAUCUAUCACCUGGUGUAUCGUUCAGCCAACGUCCGCGAUCGGUCCUGGCAGCUACUUGCGCUGUCGCGCAUGAGAAAGAUGUGAACCAGCUCUCUAAGGCCAUCUGGGGGCUCCUGCCAAUAUUAGAACAGGAAGGACUUGGCGUACAACCACUCCUCAGCCAAAGGAUCCUACCUGACAUUAUUUCUGCAAUCGUGGAACUGGCGUUCUCUCCUUCACUUCGCAAACAUCAUCUUGAUUUCGGUGAUAUCUAUCAGAAGGUCAUUGAGAGAACACCGACCUCGCGUCUUCUUCCUAUCCUGACGACCUUUCUCCAGCAACCUCUUCCGAUCUGGGCGAAACCGGCAUUGUCCAGAGAAUUGGCGCUGGUUCCACUGCGCCGGCGAGGCAUUCGCCAUACGAUUGAGUUUCUUUCUCUUUCAUAUUUGUCGAAGAACUCCCGGAUACCACAAGACGCAUCCGGUUCCAUGUCGCAAAUUCCUAUCCCAAUAGAAGCCGUUAGACAGGCAUCACGAUUGCUUGUCUUGCCACCCAGUGGUAUUGAACAAGAUGAGUGGCUACGCCAGCUUGUAUCUCAGUUCUGGGCAUUGUUGGACGGCGAUGAAGGUGCAGACAUGAGCCGAGCCGCUGGCCAAAUAAUCGCAGAAGGUAUCUUGAGCAAAAGGGCAACCGGUGCUCCAGAUAGUGUCGGGUGGCAGCUGUUUGCUCAGCCUAUCCUUGCAGAAAUAUCACCUGGAUCAUCCAAACACGACCCGCUAAAGAAGACGCACCAUGGACGUGUACUUGUGCAAGAACAUGAUCUUGAGAUAGCAUUGAAAAGGUUGUCCACCAUUGCGCUAGCCUGUUCCCAUGCCGGUCUCUUGAAGAGGCUGGUCGGCCCUCUUUUGUUGAAUGUGUGGACAUUGUUGAAUCAUGCCAAUGAAAGAUCUGCGCUGGACAAGAAAUGGAGUAUGUUGUCAAGAAGUAUUCUUCUCCGAUUUAUGGCCAUAUCCUGCGACGCGGUCUACAUCGACAAGAUUGCUACAAACAUCUUUUGGGAUGGAGACACAAAUUGGACGUACGAACCUGGCUCUAACGGAGGCAUUGAGAUCCGCCUGCGAAGUGACAACAACCAUGGCACUACUGAGAUGGAUAGCAUCCUCAUGCGCCUUGGUGGCCUUGAUGGAAGGAUUGGUGUCCUUGUUGAUCUAAUUGCAGAUGCAAAGAUGCCCGAUGCCACUGUUGGGUCGAUCUUCCUGCAGGCUACGAAGCGGUGGCUGACUCCUCCACCACAACUUCCUGCAACAUCCUUGACGGACGAUCUCGACACUGAUCCUUUUGCUGCCCUGGCUGAUGCAAAGUUAUCUGAGGCUAUGGGAAAAAGGUUUAGAGAUCAACUUGCUCGCAGUCCCCAGCACAUCAUGGAGCUCAUGGGUCAAGUGCUGACCAACUUCAUGGUUGAGCACCAGACUAAGGUGCGAACACUUGCGAAACAGGGUAAAGUGAGCCGAGCCAAUAUGCAAAACCUGAUAAAAACGACUAUGAAAGAUGAUCGCGGCAAGAAGAUUUCCGGCGACGAUACUAUGGAAGAAGAGCUCGUUGCUUUUGCAAUGAGCAUCCUGAGCACGCUCAUUGGGUCAGCCGGCUUCGCGCAGACACCACAGACACAAUCGAUACUAGCAUCAAUCAUCACACCGCUCGUAUACGUAUCACAACAUCAAGCUGAACGUUCGAUGUCGCCACACAUCAUAAAUGCUGCAAAUCAGCUACUUCAGCUUGUACAGCCAUCUUCUAUUGCCCUACAGACCGAAGAUGACGAUCCACUUGGCAGCCACCGCGCGACAUUAAGGGCCGUCCUGACUGACAUCAAUUCGCCUGAGCCUCCGAAUCGUACUUGGGCAUUGAAUACGCUCCGUAAGCUCAUCGGGGACCCUGUCGCGUUUCCGGUUGUAGAUAUUCCUUCAAUGGCUCACUUUCUUCUUUCCGCCUCCGUCGCGGACCCAGAGUCCUAUGUCCACAUUUCUGCUAUGCCUGUACUCGUCGACCUUGCGGUCCGCGCGCCCAAUCCCGUAGUCGGCAUUGUAGUUGAUGCAUUCGUUGACAUCGACGAAAAGUCAUUGGAACUCCGCCGGGGGAAACAAACAGAGGAGAAAGAGAGGGAAACUCAAGAGGCACUCGACUACCGUUUGCGCAUUGGCGAAGUACUGAGCAACUUUGUUUUGGACGACACAUUUUUCGAUUCACCAGACGAUACGUUCAUGCGCUAUAGAUGUAUAAAGCAAAUAUGCGAAGCGUGCUUAUCUCUAUCAAGCCGUCGCGGUAAGCGCACGCAAACGCUGCAGACUCGUACGCAAAUCGCACAAGCAGAGAACGAAACGCAAACGGAGGCGGAGGCAGCAUGGGGCGGACCGAUACCGAACUUGCUUGAUCCCGAGGGCGAAAAUUCCGAAGACCAGGCAGACCGAGAUGCGUUGAUUAAAAUUGUAAAGGGAUGGGAGGAUACCGGGAUCGAAGAAGAUGUGCGGAUCCGUGCUUCGGCCCUGAGCGUGCUAUCAACUAUUCUCGAACACCGUAUCACGUUCUUGCGCCAGGCUACAGCUGAUGCAGCACUACAGAUGGUGCUGUUGAUUAUCACAAUGGAGACUUCGGAGACAAAGGCCAUCCUGCGACGUGCUGCGAUCAUGGUUGUUAUGGGGCUAUUACGGGGCCUUGACGGCAAACUCGAAGCUGAUCAGGAAGCUGAAAUUGGAUUUGACAUGACGCAGCAGAGCGAAGUAGAGAGAGUGCUGGAAUGGGUCAGGGAAGAAGACGCGGACUCCCUGGUGCGGGACCACGCAGCUAGCGUAUUGGAAGGACUGGAGACGUGGCGCAUGAAGAAGCUAUAUCAAGUCAGGGAUCAAGGAUUGGGACUCGGAGGUAAUCUCAACCUCGAGGGACCUUUAAGAGGGUUGACUGUGCAGCCAGGUCUGGGUACAGAGAGGGACGAGCGAAGAAAGUUGAUCGUGGAGGAACUUGAGUAG